AUGCCUCCAGUUGUGCAUCGUGACAAUAAUUGGGUCUGGCUAGACGGUUCAGCAGCUGAGGCCGCUCUUCGAGCUAGAAAUUGUGGUCGAGACGCCUUCAAUCUCAACCCCUCUGCGAUGUCUCAUCCGAUGGACACUACACUGCCAGUCGGCUGUGCAAAGCCAGCUAUCCGUGGACUUUCUGGCUUCGACCCAGAUCCCCUCUCAUAUUCCGAAGCGUCACCGUAUCCAUGGUCGGCGCGGGUAGACCAACCGGCUUCUAGCCAGAUGCAGACUCAGCAUGUUCUAGAACAAUUCCACCCCAGCCCGAACCAGCCAUGCGCCACAGUUCUUAGGAAUCUGAUGCGUCAUUUCUCGCAUCCUCCAAGUGCUACAGCCUAUUUUCCAGACAGAGAGACACGUUGUCUUCAGGAUUGUCAGCAUCACAAUAGACCCUUGGAGAAAGUUGCUAGGCCCGCAGCUGAAGUUGGAGUCAACUCGUUCGGCGCAGGUGACGAUACUGGCCAACUCUGCCGGUCUGGAGACCUCUUGAGCAGAACAGCCUGUAACCAAGUGAUCACUCCCAAAAGACACAGCUCUGCAUGUGCACAGCGACAUUAUGAGGUGACUAUACAUUUAGUGACUUUGGUUGCUUCGCAAUUCGUCCCAUCUGUGGGGGCUUCUGUUGAUGAAUCUGCCGGCGUGCUGUGCUGUAUUGCAUGA